GGCCUGACAAACAGCCCGGCUUUCUGAAGCCUCCUGUGCUGUGUCUUCGGGCCACCAUGGUGCUGCUCAGGCUCCUGGUACACCUUUUUGCUCUGGCUGUCUCUGACCUCCACAGCCUGCCCUGGUUCAUCAACAUCUCUGAGAGCUUGGGCCCUGGCAGCGUCCUUUGGUCUUUCUCCUUCAACUGCUCCUCCGACACGGCCACCUUCGAGCUGCUCAGUGUGCAGCCACCCACCACCUUCUUCAAUGACCCCAGCUUGGCUGGGUGGCAGGGGACCUAUGUGGGCAAGGUGACCUUGAGCAGCUCUGCUCGGCUGGAUGCCCUGGCGGUGAACCACUAUAAGCUGCAGCUACAGUUCACAUGCGGCAACCACGUGAUGGCGAUACCCCUGUCCGUGGAUGUGCAGCAAGACCCUGGUCAUAUCCAGUGUGCUGGUCGCUUUGCCAGCCCAGCUGGAGAAACCAUUCAGGUCCUGGAGACAGUCCCACCUGGGACCCACCUGUAUACUCUGCUGCUCCCAGGCCUAGAACACCAGAAAGCCCAGAUGAGCAUUGUCAGUACCCAGGACCCUCCGAACUUCCCUGGACCUUUCUCCAUCAAUGAGCAGGGUUGGCUGCAGGCACCAUCCCAGGGCCUCCAAGGCCAAGCUAAAAAGGUCUUCCAGCUGCAGAUCUUGGUGUCCUUUGGACAGGGCCAAAGCUGCCGCGGAAUGCUGACGGUGAAGGUUUUGCCUGCUCCCUCUGGCCAGGUCUCCUUCUUGGAGCAGGCCCUGAAUGUCACCAUCCCCGAGGACCUGGUCCCAGGGAGCGAGGUGGUUCACGUGAGGGCUCGAGGCCGCGAUGUGCACUACGAAAUCCUCUCCCCCUUGCCCAGCCCACUCUUCUCCAUUGGACUCGCUGAUGGUGUGGUCAGGACCACUGCACCCCUAGAUUUGGCUCGCACCCCAGGUGCAGCGGUCACCAGGCUCCAGGUGAAGGCCUUCAAGAGGCUCCCACCAUGGGCCAGUGCUGAGCUCGACCUCACCGUGACCGUGCAACCGGUCAACCGCUGGCCCCCGCGCUGCCUCCCGGCCCUCCUGGUGACUCAGGUCCCCGAGACCACCCCGGUAGGCACUGUGCUGGACACCAUCAAGUGUGCUGACCCGGACUCUGCCGGUGCCACCCUGGACUACCAGCUGUGGGUUCUCAGCCCUCCCAGCCCUGCCAGCCUCUGCCUUCAAGACACAGCUCUUGAGGUGAAUGCCACGCUGGACUGUGACUCUCCUGGGGCCUGCCUCCAGCAGAGAGCCUCCAUCUUGGUGCUCGACGAUGGACAGCCCCAGAUGGCCACCGAGGUCCCAGUACUGGUGGUGGUGACACCUGUCAACGAGUUCUCCCCAGCCUGUGCCCCGCGCACGCUCAGAGCCCGGGAGGAUGCCUGGCCCUACAGUCUGCUGGGCUCCGUGGUGGGCACGGAUAUGGAUUACCCACGUGACAGCAUAGAGUACUACGUAUCCGGCGGGGCCACCACCUUCUCUGUGGACCGUCUCAGCGGGCAGGUUCACCUCCUGGGGCCUCUGGACUACGAGCAGCAGCGGUUGCACAGGCUCACUGUCCUGCUGAUUGACCACGGCCAGGACAGGGACCCCACCAGUCACCGCUCGGGCUCCUGUACCAUUACCAUCGAGGUGGAGGAUGUGAAUGACCACGCCCCUGAAUGUGAGCCCCCAUUUCAGGAACUCACCAUCCACUCUUCCCUGGGCCAUAGCGUGGAGGUGACCAAGGUGUCCUGCCGGAUCCCCCAGGAGCCACAACGCCAGGCCUUCUCCUAUAGCAUCGUGGGAGGGAGCGGCCAGGGUGGAUUCAGCCUGCAAGGGGCCAUGCUGGUGCACAACGACCCCCUGUUGGGGCCGCCCUGGCCCCGCACCUACGAGCUACUGAUCCGUGUGGCCGAUGCGGGCCCUUCCACCCCGCACCUCAGCACCACAGCCACCAUCAUUGUGCAUGUCAUCCCCUGGAGGGCCAGCACAGUGGCCACCAGCACCCGCAGAGCCACAGGACCCUCUAUGACAACACCCCUGCUCGUGACAGUCACAGAGUCUUUCUGGCGGCCGGAGCCCUGGUUUGUGGUGGUGCUGACAAGCACUGGUGCCCUCUUUCUCACGGCUCUGAGCUGGCUCCUCAGCAGGUUCCUGCAGGGGUGGGCACAGGUGUUGCAGGCACCCUGCAGACCAGCCCAGGCUCUGCUGCUGAACAGCACCCAGGGAACUGAGGGGUCCCUUGAGGGGUUCAUGGAGGCACCGAGGAUGGAGAUGUCCCAGGCACCCAGCAACCUGCAGCGUUUUGAUGGCAGAGCACAAGACGCUGGUACAGGGAGAGAAUACCUAUUCGACACGCGCACGGGAGACCGGCGCUGGCUCUGAGGUCAAGCAGCUGCUUCACAAACUGCACGGGCUGGGUUUUCUAGCUGAUUUGAUAAUAAACAAAAUUAC